ACCACAAACAUCAUCAGCUUCGUGGUAGAGAGGUCGACUCGAUCGAACUCACAGAGAGAGAGAGAGAGAGAGAGAGAGAAGGCGAUGCCGGCGACCGCGACGAUGAUCGGAGCCCUUCUAGGGCUUGGCACGCAGAUGUACUCCAACGCUCUUCGCAAGCUCCCUUACAUGCGCCAUCCGUGGGAGCAUGUUCUGGGGAUGGGGCUGGGUGUUGUGUUCGUGAACCAGCUUGUCAAGUAUGAUGCCAAGCUCAAGGAGGAUCUCGAUAAGAUCCUUGAAAAGGCUAAGGCUGCCAACGAGCGCAGAUACUUCGAUGAUGACGAAGAUUAGCUCUUUGAUUGCUAAAUUUGCGCAGAGUCAAGGUUCCCGCUUUGAGCCAGAAUUGUCAUUAAUCACUCAAAAUAUCUCUCUCAGAACUAUUUUCUGCAGAUCGUUGCUCUGCAAUAAGAUAUUGCUUUGUAGUGUUUUGGUGUGACCCUUUUUUUAUGGGUGAAUAACCAUCAUGAGUUAAAUUUCCUCUUCCUCA